AUGCCUAUAAAACGCACGAAAACAAAUAUCACCACGUAUAAAUCUAAAGCUUCAUCGCUUGCGACAAAAAAGAAUGGGUCGAAAUCGUCUUCGAAGACUGCCAUUAAGGGAAAGACGAAAGAGACGUCAAUGCCAGUAUUUGAGCCCACGAAAAUGGCGGUCUUCUCCAAACAAUACCCAGAUCAAUAUUGGAAAUGUCAUGCCGAAAGUGGUCACGGAAUGAUUAACUAUAUAAAUGAGGGACACCAACUCGAGUUAAUAAACGUGGAUGUUCAUGAUCAAGGUCCAAUAACCGGCAUGACUCUCUCUCCGGAUGGCACGAUGCUUGUCACGUUUUCUAAUGUUGGAUAUGCUAAAAUAUGGGACACUUCGGAUUUUCGAAUGAUUCAAAAACUGAGAGAUUCGGAAAUUUCGGAAACACAAAUAGAUGAAUUCUUUGUUGGAAAAUUCACCCCUGAUCAAACUCGGAUUGUCGUCGGAGGAAAGUUAAAAGAUAGAAUGCGCUGGUCGAUAGAAGAUGAAGAUAAUCACAUCUUACCGUGCCCGUUAAAGAUAUUUGAUGUAAUAAGUGGCAAAGUUAUUUCAAGACUUGAUGGUCAUGCGGAAGAAAUACUAUGUGUAAAGAACAUCAUGUAUAAGGACACCCCAUACUAUAUAACUACUAGUCAGGAUGGGUAUAUUAUCAAAUGGCAAAUGGAAUCUGAUUGGACAACGCUUGUUAGCUCAAAAAGAAUGGAGGACGGAAUAACAUGUAUGGCAUUUACGGUUUCUUUUGUUCCGAACACUGGUAACCGAUAUUUUUUGGCUGCCACCGAUGAACACAUUAGAUUGUAUGAUUUCGAAGAAGCACAGCUUAUGCAAACUUUUGCAGAUAUGUAUUCGCAAUAUUGUGACUGUGGUAAAUUUAUUCAUCCUGUGGAGUCGCUUGAGGAAGAGGAUGAGGAUGACGAUGAAAUCGAGAUUCUGGAUACUGGAGAUGGAACUGUCGCAUCACGGCGUAAUGUCUGUAUAUUGCAUAAAUUAAUAUAUCCGAUACGAAAAGGAGUGGCAUUCCGAUUGGAGCAAGUAAGAAAAUAUCAACAUGAAGAUUAUCACGCGAAUUCAUGGCUUAUGAAAAUCUCUUCUAAUGGUCGAUACCUUAUGGCUCCUACUAUGACUGGUCAAGUGAUGACAUUUAAUUUGAAGACGGGAAAAGUAUCUGCAAUUUUGCGAGAUCACGAAGCCACAUUAACUUAUUUUGAUUUUCACGAUGACUUUACAGAAGAUCUGGAAGUGCGAGAUGUCAUAUUUCAUCCAUGGAAACCUUUAUUAUUUACUUGUGCUGAUGACGGGUGUGUAAAAGUAUACACAUAUAAAGACAAGCAAAGCAUCAUCGCAUCAAUAAAGGUAAAAAUCAAAAAAGAAGAAUUGCAAAAAAGUAUCGCAGAGUUGAACUCUAUUCAUGGAAUAAAUAUUGAUCCGGAAUUAAUUCCUAUUGUGAAAAUCGAAACACUCACGGAAGGAGAGACAGAGGUGGAUAUUGAUAAUUAG